AUGGCGGAUCACGGACAACACAAUACAGCCACUCCGACCCAUGCUCCUUCGGACGGGCAUCCAGCCAAGCCGAAUUCGUCAAGUGAACAGCCCAAGGUCGACCGACAACAACCCAAUACAAAUACGGCUUUCACUCAGGCAGAGCGUCUAGUUCGAUUCCGCUUUGGAGGUCCAGAGGCCUCUCCCAGCUCGACCGGGUCGUCGGACAAGAACGCGCCCAGCCAGCCUCAAACAGUCGUUGUAGCUGAAACUCAACAGACAAGCCAAGGCACACAGACAUUGCCUUCCCCUCAGAUUUCGAACGCAAACGAUGUUACAACACCUUCCCAACCAUCCAAUGUCAAGGAGGACAAGACUGAGCCAAACACUCCGACUUCAAGUUCCAAUGAUCAAGUCCAACCUGCAGACUCGACAAGAGUGGACAAUGGUCGUGUCGACCCAUUGCCUACAGAAGAAGUCGACAGUGACACAAGAAACAGUACCGGCACUGAUGUCAGUAGUAGUGGGGGUCCUGCUGCACCACAUCUCUCAGCCAAUGUUCCCUCUGGAGUCCAAUCAACAGGAACCAAGACGCCCACAGACUCCGCAUCCAAUCCCGCAACAGGCGGCACUGAUCAAGAUGCUAGCAAGCAACCGAAAGCAGACUCUCACAAACUUCAAUCAGCGCCUGCACCGUCCGGCGACUCUGGGCCUCUAGGUUACAUGGUGCAAUGCCCCAACUGCUUGCAAACCAAAUCCAUAGAGCACUUUCACCAUGCCAAACAUGCCAAAAAAGUUGUAAAGAAUUGCCGCAGCUGCCGAGAGCUAGACCGGGCAGACCAAGCCAAGGUCAAAAGGGCUGCCAAGCAAUUCGCCCAGGGCAAGGACGCCGAAGCCAUUCUGAUCGAUCUAGGUGUAUUGCCGGAGAACAGCUUGACUUCGUCUGGCGAGAUCACAGUCAAGGCUUUGGCUCCGCCCAAGCCGGCACCGCAAAGGGACGCAGCCAAACAAACCAAGGUACCGCAACCAAAGGAGACUAUCCACAAUUGCCCCAAGUGCGACAAGAAGAUGCCCGAGAGUCAAUUCUUUCGAGAAGGGUACUCGAUGCGCACUUGUAACAAUUGUGCCACGCGAAAGCCUGCAACUGUCGACAUUUCUGUUCAACCGAUUCAGAAUGGAAAAGACACCGAGACCCGAGAUAUCCUCCUCGACAAGGUGAAAGAUGCUUGCUCUCAAGCCGCUGUUUCUCAGCCCGAGUCGCAGCCUUCCAGCAACAAGCGACAGUACCCCUCGUUUGACGGUCUUUCCGAUUCCAUGAAGAAGCUUAAAACGAAUGAUACAACACCAGUCAAUGAUUCCGCGAACCGAGCCACUCCGACUCAAGUCCUGUCACAGGCAACCCAGAUUCAAGAGAACUCCGACAGACCGGCUGAUACCGCCAUGACGCUGCGCGGAGGAGGCGGUGGGCUUAUCAACAUCAGGAGAUUGAACAAGCAGCAGAAGCGAUCGCAGCGGCCCGAGAGGAAAGCAGUUGGUCAUCACAGGUUAUCUGCCUUGGCUACUUUGUACGAUCCGACCAUGUCCAUCUCCGAGCCGAUCUUCAUCCUUGGCAGAGACUACUUGACUGGGAAUAUCCCGUUGCAGAUCCUGGCGCGCCAGCGCGGCCUGACGACCGAAGAGCUCCUGCCCGAGGCUCGACGAAGUCUGAUUCUCUACCUCUUGGAGGCGAUUCCCGAGUUUGGCAACAUUUUGGCACGGCUCUUGAAGCACAACCUCUUUGCCAAGGCCCUUGAUGGCAAGGACAUCACCACGCACGCUCAACUCUUGCAUUUAUUCCAGAAUGAGGCUGAGGCGUUCAAGCAGGUCUUGCACCAAGAGGACAUGAGACGUAAGCUAGUCAAUGCUUUGGAGCAGGUGAGGGUAGAUCAGAUUGAUGACUGGUGUAACGCAUAA